AUGGCCCAUAAACUGAAGCUCAGUUCAGACAAGACUGACAUGCUGUUGGUCAAUGACAAUGCUGCUGAAGGACUGAGGAGUCAGGCUGUCCUGAAUGGAGUUGCAGUUUCUCUGAAGGAACAGGUUUGUGGCUUGGUUGUACUGUUGGAUCCUGGACUACAAUCCUCUGUGACCCAGCAAUCCACUGUGGCUCAUAGCAGGCGUUCCUUGAAAAGCAUGAUGCAGCCAUGGGGGGAAGAAGGGGUGUUGGACCCCUCUGGCCCACCCGGAUCGGGUUGCUGGGAGCAGGGUGCCUUUGAGUUCUUUCUGGUAGCAAACUUUGCCCUUCUGGCGCAACCACUCUAUGAAGCGACCCGGGGUGAAGAGAGUGCCUCCUUUGAGUGGACAGCGGAACGGGACAAGAGUUUCCGACAGAUUAAAAAAGCUUUGAUGGAGGCACCAGCCCUGGGACUUCCCAAUGUAACCAAGCCAUUUACUCUAUAUGUGGAUGAGAAGAAAGGGGUAGCUCAAGGGGUUUUGGUCCAACAACUAGGCUCCUGGCAGUGGCUGGUGGCUUACCUCUCAAAGCAGAUUGACCCAGGAGCAAAAGGAUGGCCUCAUUGUCUGCACGCAAUUGCUGCAACCGCGCUUCUGGUGCAGGAAGCUGACAAACUGACAUUUGGACAGAGUCUCAUUGUGCGAGUUCCACAUGCUGUUACUGCCUUAAUGGAUGCUAAAGGAAAUUACUGGUUCACAAAUCAAAGAAUGACCCCCUACCAAGGAUUGCUGUGUGAAAAUCCACGUUUUUCCCUGGAAACCUGUAAGACUCUAAACCCUGCUACUCUGCUUCCCGUGGCCAAUGGGAGUCAAGAGCACGUUUGCCUGGAAAUUAUGGAUAAGGUCUUUUCAAGCCACCUGGACCUCCGAGAUGAGCCCUGGGACAGGGCGGAUGUCACCUAUUUUACCGAUGGGAGCAGCCUUGUGCACCUGGGAGAGAGGAGAGCUGGUUAUGCCGUUGUGACCCGUGAGCAAGUGAUUGAAGCAAAGGCUCUGCCUCCAGCUACGUCGGCGCAGAAAGCUGAACUGAUUGCUCUCACCCGGGCUCUUAUUUUGGUGGCGGACCUCACCGUUAACAUCUACACACAUGCACACGGAGCCCUGUACAAGGAAAAGGCAUUGCUUACUGCGGGAGGAAAGCUUUUGGCUCAUAGUACUGAAAUUUUAGCCCUCCUGGAUGCCGUGUGGGCCCUGAAGCAUGUAGCUGUGAAUCAGGGGGAUUGCCGGGGCCAUCAGAGGGGAAACUCUUUUGUGGCACAGGGAAACCAUUUUGCCGAUCAGGCAGCGAGGGAAGCCGCUCUUCUCCCUGUGGCUGAAGCUCAAGUUGGAGCCUUGUUUCCCGUGGCAUUGUCUGAAUGGGAGCCCCGCUACUCCAGUGUGGAGAGAAAAUGGUUUGAAACAGAGCCUGGAACUUACCAAAGUCAUAAGUGGUUCAGCUUGCAGGAUGGUCAUAUUGUGAUGCCCCAGGCACUAGCCUCAACUGUCGUACAAGCUUUUCAUGAUGCCACCCACAGAGGGAAGACAGCCCUUGCUGCAACUAUCGAACCUGUGCUCUAUAUCCCUCGAUUGGCUACCCUAGCCCAGGCAGUGUGCCAGCAGUGUGUGACCUGUGCCAAGUUUAAUGCCUGA